CUUCUCUUACCCAUUCCCUCAGCGCCCCUUCCCCUCUAGAAACCUCAGUCAUGUCCGGUACAAUCCCAUCCAUGGAGGGCUCCCACGUUGCCCUCAAAGACAACACGGUCAUCAUCGUGCUCGGUGCUUCUGGUGAUCUUGCUCAGAAGAAGACUUUCCCGGCCCUGUUCACCCUCUUCCGGCAGGGUUACUUGCCCAAGGGCGUGCACAUCGUCGGUUAUGCCCGGACAAAGAUGGAUUUGCCCGAGUUCCACCGGCGGCAGACGGUGUACAUCAAGAACAAGGAUGAUCCGGAGAUCAAGAAGAAGCUGGAUGAGUUCAGCGCUCUCUCGACGUACGUUGCGGGAGCAUACGAUCAGGACGCUGCCUUCCAGCAGCUCACUAAGCACCUCGAGGAGAUCGAGGGGACCUACGGUGCUGCAGAAGCGAACCGGGUGUUCUACAUGGCACUCCCGCCAUCGGUGUUCACCACCGUCGCUCAGCACCUCCGGUCCAAUUGCUACUCCACCAAAGGCCACAAUAGGAUCAUUAUCGAGAAGCCCUUUGGGAAGGAUCUCGAUUCGUGCCGCGAGAUGAUGAGUGCGCUCAAGGCUGUCUGGACUGAGGACGAGACCUACCGUAUUGAUCACUAUCUCGGCAAGGAGAUGGUCAAGAACUUGCUUGUGCUCAGGUUCGGUAACACGGCGCUCACACCAUCUUGGGAUAAGAACUCGAUCGCGAACGUUCAGAUUACCUUCAAGGAGCCGUUUGGUACUGAAGGCCGGGGUGGCUACUUUGACGAGUUUGGCAUUAUCCGUGAUAUCCUGCAGAACCAUCUGCUCCAGGUGCUGUCUAUCCUGACCAUGGAGCGCCCUGUUUCCUUCUCCGCAGAAGACAUCCGUGACGAGAAGGUCAAGGUGCUGCGUGCGAUCCCCCCAGUGGCGCGGGAAGACACCCUGCUUGGUCAGUACGUCGGUGCGAACGGGAAGCCGGGAUACCUCGAGGACGAUACCGUGCCGAAGGGCUCGACUUGCCCGACGUUCGCGGCGACCACGCUCUGGAUCCACAACCCCCGUUGGGAGGGCGUGCCAUUCAUCCUCCGUGCUGGCAAGGCGGUGAAUGAGGCCAAGGUGGAGAUCCGCAUCCAGUACAAGGAGGUCACACAAGGCAUCUUCAAGGACAUCUCACGGAACGAGCUCGUCAUCCGUAUCCAGCCAAACGAAGCCGUGUACAUCAAGCUGAACCUCAAGACCCCCGGGAUGGCCACGCGCGCCAUGCCAACGGAAAUGGACCUGACCUACAAACGGCGGUUCACAGACGCCGUCAUCCCCGAAGCGUACGAAGCGCUCAUCCUCGACGCGAUCCACGGAGAUCACUCCAACUUUGUCCGCGACGACGAACUCGACGUCGCUUGGAAGAUCUGGACCCCGCUGCUCCACUGGAUCGACGGGAGGGAGGGGAGUCCCCCGAAGCCCGAACCAUACCCCUACGGAUCACGCGGGCCGAAGCAGCUCGACGCCUAUAUCGCCAAGUACGGCUAUAAGCGCACGGACAGGACAUACUCCUGGCCCGUGACGAACGUCUCCUCUUUGUGAUCCCGGUACGGCAUAGAAACGUCAAGAAUGAGAUACGAGAUGUAUGCGAGUGCGCAGGAUGUGUAGUGUAUCAUUCCCCUCCCCUCCUACCCCCCCUCUCCACAGUUGCCCCGGCUCGUCCAGACCCCGGCCAUGAUGAUUUUCCCAGCAGUUGGUUCUAGUGCACGCGAUCAGUGGGUUCCCAUGGUGUAUUGUUUGUGUAGUUCAGUCGCUCUCUCUUCCUUUCGAGUGUAGUCUGUCGCCCAAAAGCGCGGAACGUGCCUCGGGGACCAGCGGACGUGGUAUGAAAGACAAAAAAA